CACAAGCUCCCAUCCAUCAACAUCUCCCCCUCCAUUUCUCACCCCACUGCAUGAAACCAUUGAAUAGUAUCUUUGCCUCUGUGAAAGGAAACUGAACAACCCCGAAAACACCCAUAUCUAAUUUGCUCCCCACAUCUCGCUCUAGCAAUGAUGUCGCCGGAUAAUAUUCCAGCAAAGCAGGUCACGAAAGAUGACGGUCAAGGCUCAGGCAACCGCAAAACUGCGUCCUCAAGAACAGCAGAGCAGAGCCUAAAAUGCCCACGAUGCGACUCGCCUAACACCAAAUUCUGCUACUACAAUAACUACAGCCUCACGCAGCCAAGGCAUUUCUGCAAGAAUUGUAGACGGUACUGGACAAAAGGUGGGGCUUUGCGCAACGUUCCCAUCGGUGGGGGUUGCCGGAAAAACAAGAAGGUGCAGUCAUCUUUGAGGUUCUCCGGGGACUCCAAAGACUCACUGUCAUCUUCAGAGAUCAGUGGGACGUUGAAUUUUCUCCGUGGUCUAUCCCCAGCUAUGGAUUUCCAACUUGGUGGCUUCUCAUUCCCCAGGCUUCACCCUCCAACAACAGGUAUCUACAACCAGUUUUCUUCGUUUGGAGACGUUUCGGGUACUUAUGCUGCGGCUUCUGGAAGUGUGACUAGUCCUUACUUUACCCUUGAUCCAUCUGGAAGCUACAAUUCUCUAAUGAGAUUUAAUUAUCCGCUUUCUUCGACAAGUGGUGGGGGUCCUUUUAGUGCUGCAGUUCAGAACAUAAGCUCCAUGAACAUCCACAGAGGUCUUGCAUCUUCUAUCGAAUCUCAGAGUACCAUCAACCAGGACUUGCACUGGCAGCUUCAGCAGCGGAGGCUGGCCACGCUAUUUGGUGGAGAAAUUCAAAAAGACAACAGCGUUUCUUCGGUUCCUCUUGAAAACCAUACGCAGAAACCGCAACCCAUUGUAUUUCAGAAUCUGGAGACUUCCAAAUCAGAGGAUUGCAGCGUUGGUAAUUCAAUAAAAGAAUGUACAAGUACGGGCCAUCAGAUUGGGACCGAGAGGUAUUUUGGGAACUCUUAUGGCCCAGUGACCGCUACUCCGACCAACAGUGCAGGCAACGCCGGCCAAGGUAACGCGAAUAGCUGGAAUGGGGCUCAAGCGUGGGGUGACUUGCAACAAUAUAGUGCUUUGCCCUAGCUAGCUAGCGCUAGGUGAACAGCACAAAGAGAUAGACCUUAAAGAUUUCUGAAAGUAGCUAGGGAAAACGUCACAGAUGAUGUAAAACUCAUUAGGUAUAUCUUUGUUUAUUGUUCCUUUGUGAUUGCGAAUCAACGUUGUAAACUUUGUC